AUGGCCCUUUUAGAUGAGAGAAAGAGGGAACUGACCAUCCAUGCCAAGUGUGUGAUUCAGGACAACGAUGAGGCUGGCAUACGGCCCAAUAAGACUUAUCUCACACUGGCGAACGAGGUUGGUGGCUCGUCAAAUUUGGGUUACUCAGAAAAGGAUGUGAGGAACUAUAUUACGAGCAAUCUGCGCUUUGAUGUGGACGAAGCUAACAAGUUUAAGAGUGCGCUUUGGGUAGAUGCAAGAUGCAGGGCGUCCUAUGAAUAUUAUGGAGACAUGGUAUCGUUUGAUACAAUGUACAGUAGAAACAAGCACGGACUUCCGUUUGCAUAUUUCAUUGGUGUCAACCAUCAUGGCAAGUCCACUCUGCUCGGAUGUGCUUUGCUGGGAAAUGAAGAAAUUCAUAGCUUUGAGUGGGUCUUUAAAUACUCGCCACCGAUGGUGCAUAUGGCACAUAAUGAAGAAGAUACCGCAAAAAGCUCGGAGGAUAUGCUCGGUUCUGUUUUAACUAUACUCAAUUUUAGGUCCCGUUGUCAUCGGGUGAUUUGUAACCUAUUUGGAUACUAUUAUGGGAUAUCUUUGUUCGAAAGCCAAUUGUUCAUGAUGGUGAUUAUUGCUUUGUUUUCUUCUGGUUUUGUAGACCUUUAUGACGAUCGUCGAAUAUGGGUUCCAAUCUAUUUUCAAGACAGAGUAUCAUCUUGCUAUGUGCUCCCUCGAUGGAGCAAGAAUGUACAGUGCAAAUACACUUUCAUCAAGAGCAGCCACGACGAGAAGCAGUCCGAUGAAAGCCACAACUUAUUUAGAGGACUAUGUUCUCACUUCUUCAAUGUUGCCCAGAAUUUCAUGACAUGUGAAGAAGAAGCGGCCAUGUUACAUUCGGGUCUUGAUGAGUUAAGGGCCAAGCUAUUUGAUUAUUGUGCGAACUUGGGGCCCAGAAGUGUGCCAACUACAUAG